AUGAUUGGUGCCGACACUACGUCCUCCCGCACGAACGCGACCACCUCGCCCGAGGCAAGUCCUGUCCGGCCGGAUUCUCCAUCACUGUCGUCGCCGGCAGCCUGCUCGUCGCCCCCGCUCACCAACACCGAGCCCACCGCACCUGCGGCGGAAGAGGGCUCGCGCUCGGCGGCGGUGGCUGCUCCCGCCUACGACGACGACCCAGCUGACGGCCCCUUGUACAACGAGAGCCGGCCGAGAGCGCCCACCCCUGCCCCAGCUGCUGAGGGAACAGGGGAGCUCAUCCAGAGAAACUCUCCGCUGCUGCUCGCGGCCGCCAAGGACGUACGCCCAAGCCUGCCAGCCGGCAGUGGAGGCUGCCCCACAGAGAAGCACCGCUGCAUUAAUUGCGGCGGCCGUCACCCGUCUACCGAACCGAGCUGUCCCGAGUGGCAGCGCGAGAGAAAGGCGGCCGUGUUGCUGUCAUCGUCUCAGCGGCCCCUUCCACGCAAGAAAGCGCUUGAGCUAGCCGGCGCCGCACCGACCGAGCCGCGUACAGCCGCAGAUCGCUCCCCUCAGGGCCGAUCUUACAGUGACGCCCUGCGCGGCCGCAGCAUCCAGACAGCCGCAGCUGAGCCGUCACGCGGCCCUCCAACCGCUGCGAACAGCGACCCCAGAGACGCGCUAAUAGCCGCUCUCGCUGCUGCACUCCGUGCCCUGCUCGUCCAGUGCCCAGCCAUCGACGGCAACAUGCACAAUACUCACGUGCUAGGAAAUCUGGAGAAUUACUUCGCUUUGACAUACCGGGACGACCGCGGCAAGAAGCCGAGAUGGUUCAGCUCGGAGGGGGAGACUUCGCGGAGCCGUUCGAGAUCCUGGGCGUCGCGGAGCCGUUCACGGAGCCGGUCACGGUCCUUCCCGCCCCUGCCGCCCCUGGCCAUUAAGGGAGGGAGCCAGCUGCAGCAGCAGCAGCAGAGGAAGAAGACGAAGAAGGAGCCUACCCGAAAGAGCGGCGGCGUCAAGCCACAGACCGUACAAACCCAAGCCCCAUGGCAAGCAGGCAACGAGGAUUUCGCCACGUUUAAAGCAGAGAUUCAGCAAAUGAUGCAGCAGAUGAUGCAGCAACAGCAGCAACAAAUGCAGCAAGUGCAAUUACAAGUCACAGAGCUCCGAAGCAGCAUCCGCAAGCAGAAGUUUACCGAGAACAUUAGAGAGAAGGCCUACCACUGCCCCGCGCUGGCAUCCCUCGCCGACACAUCCGCAAACAACACCGAGGCUUAA